GCCUCUCCACUGCUUCUCCCCAUCUAGAUGGUGAACCUGCUGUUGAACAAAGGGGCCAGCCUGAGUACUUGCGACAAGAAGGACCGCCAGCCCAUCCACUGGGCAGCUUUCCUAGGGCAUUUGGAAGUUCUGAAGCUGCUGGUGGCCCGGGGAGCUGAUGUGAUGUGUAAGGACAAGAAGGGCUACACCCUGCUGCACACUGCGGCAGCCAGCGGCCAGAUCGAAGUCGUGCGUCACCUGCUGAGGCUGGGAGUCGAGAUCGAUGAACCAAAUUCCUUCGGUAACACUGCACUUCACAUUGCCUGUUAUAUGGGCCAAGAUGCCGUGGCCAACGAGCUGGUCAAUUACGGCGCCAACGUCAAUCAGCCUAACGAGAAGGGCUUCACCCCUCUGCACUUUGCUGCCGUCUCCACCAAUGGGGCCCUGUGCCUGGAGCUCCUCGUGAACAAUGGGGCCGAUGUCAACUUUCAGAGUAAGGAAGGGAAGAGCCCUUUGCACAUGGCUGCCAUUCACGGACGGUUCACACGUUCGCAGAUCCUCAUUCAGAAUGGCAGUGAGAUUGACUGUGCUGACAAAUAUGGCAAUACCCCCCUCCACGUUGCUGCUAGAUAUGGCCACGAGCUGCUAAUUAGUACUUUGAUGACGAAUGGUGCUGACACUGCAAGGCGUGGGAUCCACGACAUGUUCCCUCUGCACUUAGCUGUUCUCUUUGGAUUUUCAGACUGUUGUCGUAAGCUACUUUCCUCAGGUCAGUUGUACAGUAUCGUCUCCUCGCUGAGCAAUGAGCACGUGCUGUCUGCAGGCUUCGAUAUCAACACGCCUGACAACCUCGGGAGGACUUGCCUCCACGCUGCUGCUUCUGGAGGGAAUGUUGAAUUUUUUAAUUUGCUGUUGAGCAGCGGUGCUGACUUGAGGAGGAGAGAUAAAUUUGGAAGGACUCCACUGCACUACGCAGCUGCCAACGGCAGGUAUCAGUGUACGGUGACACUGGUCACGGGGGGAGCCAGUAUUAACGAGGCUGACUGUAAAGGCUGUACCCCCUUACACUAUGCUGCUGCUUCGGACACGUACAGGCGAGCAGAGACGCAUUCAGGAAACAGCCAUGACACUGAUGAGGAGCCACUGAAGGAGUCCAGGCUGAAGGAGGCGUUCUUUUGUUUAGAGUUCUUGCUGGAUAAUGGUGCUGACCCAUCCCUCCGGGACAAGCAGGGAUAUACCGCUGUCCACUAUGCAGCUGCGUACGGCAACAGGCAGAACCUCGAACUGCUCCUGGAAAUGUCUUUUAACUGCCUGGAGGAUGUGGAAAGCACCAUUCCAGUCAGCCCUUUGCACUUAGCUGCCUAUAAUGGUCACUGUGAAGCGCUAAAGACACUUGCCGAAACCCUCGUGAACCUCGAUGUGCGGGACCACAAGGGGCGGACGGCGUUGUACCUCGCCACGGAGAGAGGCUCCACGGAGUGCGUGGAGGUGCUCACCAGCCACGGCGCGUCCGCCCUGGUGAAGGAGAGGAAGAGGAAGUGGACCCCUCUCCACGCUGCAGCUGCCAACGGGAACACCGAUUCCCUGCACCUCCUGAUAGACAGCGGGGAGCGGGCAGACAUCACCGACGUCAUGGACAUCCACGGCCAAACCCCACUGAUGCUGGCGAUCAUGAAUGGCCACGUUGACUGUGUCCACCUCCUGCUGGAGAAGGGAUCCACAGCCGACGCAGCGGACAAGAGGGGAAGGACCGCCCUGCACCGAGGGGCUGUGACAGGCUGUGAGGACUGCCUGGCUGCCCUGCUGGACCACGAUGCCUUCGUUCUGUGUCGGGAUUUCAAAGGCCGGACCCCGAUCCACUUUGCGUCGGCGUGCGGGCACUUAGAAAUCCUGCGGACCCUGCUGCAGGCAGCCCUCUCUACUGACCCUCUGGACUCUGUGGUGGACUACAGCGGUUACUCACCGAUGCACUGGGCUUCAUACAGUGGGCAUGAAGAUUGUCUUGAAUUGUUACUUGAACACAACCCGUUUGCGUACCUAGAAGGAAACCCCUUUACUCCAUUGCACUGUGCAGUAAUUAACAACCAGGACGGCACUGCUGAAAUGCUGGUGGAAGCAUUAGGUGCCAAGAUUGUUAAUAGCAGAGAUGCCAAAGGAAGGACACCCCUUCACGCUGCUGCCUUUGCAGACAACAUCCAUGGUUUACAGCUGCUUCUGCGCCACCAAGCCGAGGUGGACAUGACUGACAAGCUGGGGAGGACUCCCCUCAUGAUGGCUUCUGAGAACGGGCACACUGCAGCAGUCGAGUUCCUGCUGUACCAAGCAAAAGCAAAUAUAACUGUGCUGGAUGUCAACAAGAACACAGCUCUUCACCUGGCCUGCAGCAAGGGUCAUGAAAAGUGUGCCUUGUUGAUCCUGGGGGAAACCCAAGACCUUGGCCUUAUCAAUGCAAGUAACAGUGCUCUGCAAAUGCCGCUCCACAUCGCAGCUCGCAACGGGCUGGCCUCCGUCGUCCAGGCCCUGCUCAGCAGAGGUGCCACUGUGCUGGCUGUGGAUGAAGAAGGUCAUACCCCAGCCUUGGCAUGCGCCCCCAACAAGGACGUUGCCGACUGCCUGGCACUUAUCCUCUCCACCAUGAAGCCUUUCCCACCUAAAGACGCCAUCAGCUCUUUCAGCUUCAACCUCCUCAAGAACUGCGGCAUUGCAGCCAAAACCGCCGCCUGCGGGGCCCUGCCCAACGGCAGCACCUGCCCCUACAGCAAGGACCGGCACAAUGCCAUCGGCUUGGACGGCUGUUACUCGGAGUAGCUUAAACUAUGGGUGACCUAAUAUCUUAUUAUAUUUAUUUAGAAAUUCUAUAAAUAUAGGGCACUUUAAAGGAGAACAAGACUGGGCAGGCCUUCUAGCGUGGCCGGAUAGGCCAAGAGUUCAGAGCUUCCUCUUCUCGCUGGAUUGCCAGCGCGGUGCCAAAGCUGUUAAUUGGUUUAACGAGCAGCUGGCAGCGCCGUCCCCGUCCCCUGCCCCCUCUCAAUCCUCUCCCUGUCAGCGCGUGCUUGCACCCCUCUGAUGGCAGGGCAGGAGAUGGGUGCUGUGGGCUUUGGGCUUUGCCCGGCCGAGACGAGGCAGGAGCCACCGUCCCCUGGCCCGCAGAGGGGAAGGGGGGUUUGUCCCCCAGCUUUUGGGGUGGGUUGAAAUCAGUGCUGGUGUUUCCCAGUGCCCCGUGCCAGCCUCCCGCCCUGCCUCACCCCCCUGGGGCUGCCCCGAGCCCUCGCUCAGUCCAUCCGGGACGAGGAAGCCUGAACUCUUGGUGGGAUGGGGCAGGGGGGGCGGUGGGAGUCUCUGGGAAUUGGCUGGUCUCGCAGGCACGGGGGUGGGUGUUAGCUCCUGGCCAAGUGCCACCGUAACUGCUCCUCUCCUGCAAUCGCUUUCUUUCCUCACGCUCAUCCUUCGAUUCCAAUACAAACACUUGAAUCAAGAUCUACUGUACCUGGGACACUAAAAGACCCUUUUGGCAGCUGUCAUUUAUAUGCAAAAACGGGUGCUGCUGCCCGACCCCGCGGCCAGCGGCUGCGGCUGCGCUGCUGGAGCCUCCCUCCCCACACCAGGCACUUUAGGGAUUCUGUUGGUUCCUUGGGUUUUGUUCUUCUUGGCAAAAUGUUGGAUCCUAAGAAACGAUUCUUUUUUUUUUUUGAAUUCUCAUUCCCUGUUUUGUGUGGCCCUUCCCAUGCGAGAGUCAGUGUUGCUUUUUUUUUUUAUUUUUAAAAAAAGAAAAAAGUUAUUUAUAAAGAAACAGCAUUUACCUUAAAAAAACCAACAAAAAACAUAAAAAAAGCCCUGAAAGUUUCAGCCUUUUAAUAAGGCAAAAAAUGCACUUCGAAGCCCUUCUCCACACCCCUUCGUAGGGCCGGGUUUAUCCUUCCGAUGCAGCAUCUUGGUGGGUUUGUUAGCGUGCGUGUGUGUGGGAUCGUUGGGUUUUGUUUGGGGUUUUCUGUUUUUAAUUGUAGAAAUCCUAUUUAUGCUGCAGCGUUGAAGCAUUCGAGGAUUGUUGCACUGGUUUGGUUUUUUUUUUUUUUUCCGUUGUUGUUGGGUUUGGUUUUAAUUUUUUUCCUUCUGAAUUACUGUACCGGUGUCAUGUGCAAACCCAGCACCCUUCCCCCGAACCACGAGUCUGCUCAAAGCCAAAGACUGGGAUGCAGAGGACGAGAAUGGGCUGACAGGGCAACAAGCAUUUCGGGAACCGUCUUUCCCCCCGACCUCCUUCCCCCUCCGCAGCCGCGCCGAAAGUGGGGAGCGUGGGGCUGGGGCCCAGGGUCCCGCCCGUGGCCGCCCUGGGGGCAUCCCAGCGCGAUCCCUCUGGGAUGGGAGCGGGGGAAAAGGAUCCCUCUUCUCCCACCGAGCGGCCGCUCGCCUCCUCUUUGCCGGCGAGGCCGCGGUGGGACCGCACGAGCCUUGCGCCGCGGCUCUUCUGCCCAGCGUUUCAGAGCGAAAGAGCAUUUCCGUAACCAAAAUAAGGUAUUGCGUCUUUUUUUUCUUCUUGAUUUUUUUUUUCUUUUUUUUUAAAAUAGUUUCUAAAUGAAGGUGGCUCCUGUUUAGGGCAGCGUUUGCCAGUUUUAGGCCGUGGUGUGGAGCAGGCGUUGGAGCCGGCUGCUCCUUGGGGGGCUCCCGGCGGGCGAGGGUGCUGGCAGCCUGCGGGCAGGGUCCCUUCGCACUGUUUCUUUCUUUUACCAAAGCCAAACUCUUAGAACCAAAUACGACGUUUCAGGCUUGGCCUUUGGGGUGAUAAGCACAUCUUCUUCACAUCUCGCGUAGGAGUUUUUCCCGAGGGGGUCAGGGACCUCCCUGCUGCUCUUGCCCGGCGCCAGCUCGCUGUCGGAGCUCCACCUCCCCGUCCCGUUACCAACCUGCACUUCAUUCAGCAAAGCACUCGAGAAAUCUGCCCUUGGCGAGAUCUCGGAGCGGGCGCCACGCUCAGCCUGGGCCCUGGAGGGCUCCGGCCCCCGGGUGGGUGGGGGCUCCUCUGGCUGCUCCGUAGGGAUCUUCCCCUUUCGGACCAUGAGCCCCCUGCACCCCCGUCUCCGCGCGGCAGCGGCUUGCGGGGCCAGCAGGUCCCCGCUUUGGUGCUGGCGUAGAGUCACGUCCCUGGCCGCUCACGUCUGCCCCCCAACCCUCUAGCUUGAAAGAAAGUGUUAAACCUUUCUGCACCGAAUACCUCAGUUCGGAACCAGAAUAAACUCAUGAAACUUGAAUAAAAAGAUCCUUUUUGAAGAUCCUUUUCAGUAUUCUACAGAGGAGAACUGGAAAAAGAGACUUGUUUACAUUGCUGUCGAGUCCGCACUUG